AUGGCUUUUCCUGAAGGACUCACAAGUCCAGAAAUGGAGAUAGCUGAAGGCGGGGUAAUUUUGGACAACAGAACGCGGUUUGCUGACCUCAAGACCAUGUUGGACAGCAGCAAGGACAACCUCAAAGUUGAUGCUAUGAAGCGAAUAAUCAACCUGAUAGCGAAAGGAAAGGAUGUGAGCGAAUUGUUUCCUGCCGUAGUGAAGAAUGUUGCUGCAAAGAAUGUGGAGGACCCGAAUCAGUUGAUAAGGGCUAGUGCUUUGCGAGUUCUGUCCUCGAUCCGAGUUGGCAUGAUUGCUCCGAUAAUGCUUCUUGCUAUAAAGGACUCGGUUAGGGAUAUGAGUCCUUACGUGAGGAAGGUGGCUGCACAUGCCAUUCCCAAGCUUUACUCACUUGAGCCAGAUCUUGAAGCAGAAUUAGUAGACUGUAUAGAUUUUUUGCUCGCCGAUCGACGUAGCCUAGUCCUUGGUAGCGCCGUGUAUGCUUUUCAAGAGAUCUGUCCGAACCGUCUUGAUCUUCUUCAUAAACACUUCCGAGCCUUGUGUCGCGCUUUGGCUGAUGUGGAUGAAUGGGGCCAGGUAGUCAAA